AUGUUAAGGACAGUCCAAUCUUUUUCCUUAGAUGGUGAAACAAAACUAUCCUUUCAACCUAAAACUAAAUAAAAAACAAAUUAUUUUCUUAGAUCUUUGGUAAAAUAUAGAAAAUUGAGACCAAAAAGCUUAGAGCCAAACUAUUCUAAUUAAUAAAUAGUCACAUAAAAAAUAGGUCCAUCAAGAAGAAAAAGUUGUUAUUGCAAUUAUUGUGGUUUGAAUAGUAAAAAAUAAUAAAAAUAUAUGGAUCUUUAAUUAAUCAACAAAUCAACUUUGGUUAAAAAAUUACAUGAUCAUAAUGAUAGAAGUAAGACUAUAAAUCUAUAAAGUAUAAGUAAAUAUUUAUACUAAAACAAGAUAGAAGUAUUUUUUAUAGAAGAAAUACUUAAAAAAAAGAUGAAAGAACAGACUUUGUUAAAUCGCCUAUCCAUGAUAUAGGAGAAUCAAAAAAUUCUGAUUGGUAUGUGCGUCAAUUUGUAAAAAGAAAAUCUAGGAUUAAUGUUCAAAAAUUUGUAGAUAAUUCAUUCUCUAAGAACUCUUAAUAAUCAAACAAUAAAUUAUUUGAUUUGAUGAAUGUCAAAAGUCAAUAAUCUAUACAUCUUCCUUAUUGUAUAAGUAAUUAUACUAAAUUUUAUUAAUAGAUAGUCCAAGUGUUAGAAUUAGAACAAUGGGGACUUUUGACUAAGAUAAUACAAUCACAUCUCCUAAAUAAAAAGAUUUACCUAAAUUAUCUCCGUAUUUAAGUUUUCGAUAACUUUAAUUAAAUCUCCUUGCUCCAAUCAAAUAAAAAUCUAAUAUUUCAUUAACUAAAAAGGUUUAAAAAAAAAUAUUAUCUUAUACCAAAACUUGA